UUCAACAUAAAUAAAACGAUAAAUAUAUUUGAAAGGAAUAUUACAAAUAAAAAUUAGGAAAUGAACUGGAAAUAUAAAUGUUUUUCCAAUUUAAAAAUUUAUUAAAAACUAAUGGAAAAUAAUCCAAGUGUUUGUUAAAAAUUUUAUCGUGUUGCAAUUACAAUUUGUUUUCUUUUGAUUUAUAGGUUAUGUUUUUUCCGGAAUAAAAAUAUUUUCAAGAUAAUAUUUAAUUAAUAAUGUCAGUAUUAGGACAACAACUAAUUUCGAGAUUUUGUUUAAAAAAUAUUAAAAAUUUAGUGCCAUGUGUUGUCACAUGUAAAUUUAGUGAAAAUGUUGCUGAAAAAAAACAUGUUUCUAAUUCAUCAAAUGCUAUUCCUGAUCCCAUACCGGGAAUGAUACAAACUGCUAUUCUUAAAAAAUAUUCCUCACCUUUAGUUAUUGAAAAUAUUGAACCAGUGAAUAAUAUCAAAUCAAAUGAGGUACUUAUUGACGUAAGUUAUUGUGCUUGUAAUGGACCAGAUGUUCUUCUCAGUGAAAAUUCUUACAAUUCCAAAUUGAAUCCGCCUUUUGUUCUCGGAUAUGAGCUAGUUGGAAAGCUUCUUCAAGUCGGAGCAGAGGCUCAGGCAGCUGGUUACAAAGUCAACGACAAAGUUGUUGCUUUGAGUAAAGAACGCUUUGGAGGAUUUUCUGAACAAUGCGUUGUUGAAGUCGGCGAUAUUUGGAGAGUACCGUCAUCAAUUAAAUCAAUAGAUGCCGUUAGUUUGAUGGAAAAUUACAUGACUGCUUUAAUUGCAUUUGAACAAUGCGGAGCACUUGAAGAAAAUGAUACAGCAUUAAUUAAUGUUGGAUUGAGAGGAGCAGGUCUUGCGGCCGUCGAUGUUGCCACAAACGUUUAUAGAACAAAGGCAAUUGCAGUUUGUGCUUCUGAAGAAACAGCAAAUUUGGUUAGAGAAGAGAAAGGAGCAUUCGCUGCAUUUAAAUAUAGCGAGAAAAAAUUAAUAAGUCAGAUUAAAGAAAUUGCUAAAGAAUUAAAUAUUCAUGAUAUUUUCGAAGACAAUGAAGGGGAACGUUUCAAAAAUAUGUUACAUUGUUUUACCAAUAUUUAUAAGACUAAAACAUUGUCGAAGGAUAUGCUGAGGGAUGAUAAUUUUGCCACCGUAGUACAGUACUUAUCACGUGAAGGAAAACUGGUCGUUGCUGGAGUUGCCGAAACGAAAGGAGAAUCGCAAAAUGAUAAUAAAGAGAGUGGUUUCAGCGUCACGGGAAUCAACCUUCGAGAAUAUCGGAAGAACAACCAUGAAUUAUACCGCCAAGCUGGUGAGGAAGUCUUAUCUCAUUUUGAAGAAGGACUUAUCAAACCAUCUUACUCAUUAAUAGUAGGUCUUUACAAAAUUAAUGAGGCAAUGAAGUCGGUUACUGAUACGAAAUCGUCUGGAAAGGUUUUAAUUGAUUUAAAAGAUAAAAAUGCACCACUUGUAAGAAAAAAAAAUGAUGUCCAGUAAACGAAUUAACAUAAGCAAUACGAAGCGCACUAUAAAGGAAUUUUGGAAUCAAAAAAAUUAAUUUAAUCUUAAGGUAAUUUUGUAUGAAAAGGAUAAAAUAAUAAAUUUUCUAAAGACAAAUACAAA